AGGCGCGGUGAUGGGCGGCGGGUGGAGCCAAUCGGGGCGCGCCCUCCGCCCCCCGAGCCCCGCCCCACGCCGCCGCCCGGGGCCAAUGGCGGGCGCGCGGGGUGCGGGGUGGCGGAGGGCAGCGCGGCGCGGCCCGGGCGGGCGGCGGGGGCUGAGCGGGCCGCGCUUCCUCCUCUCCCCCCACCCCCCGACCCCCCCUCCCCCGUCCCCACCCUCAGGCCCGGCCCAGCGGCGGGGCGGGGGCUCGGGGUGAAGCCGGGCCGCGCUCGAGGCCUCUCCGCUCGGAAGAGGCCGCGGGUGGAGGCCGUAGGGCCGGGGCCUCGCCUCGCCGCCCCCCCCUCCCCACCCCCCCGCCCCUGCCCGCCCUCCUCCCGGCCUCCAUUGGCGCGGCGCAGCCCGGGGAAGGGGUGGGGUCGUGGCGCCCGGCCAAGGCUCCCUGUGGGCCCCGCCGGCCGCGGUGGGAGGGAGGCGGAGGGGAGGGGGGGGCGCGGCGCGGCGCGGCGGUGGGGGCCGCUGGGUGGGGUCCCCCGGGGCCUUCGUGCCGCCCGCCUCCCCGCGGGGUCCCCCCGCCGCCGUCCCCGCGCACCCCAAGGUCGCCGCGGCCCGCCGGGGGGGUUGGGGGGGGAUGGGGGGGCCGGUAGGCCGCGCCGGCCGGCUUCUGUUUCCUGGGGUUUUUCCACUCGGGCUCCGUCCCCUCCUUCGGCCGCCCUCCCGCGCCCACCGCGCAGCGCUGCGCCCGUCGGCCGCCCUCCGCUCCUGGGGGGGCUGCGGGCACUGCGCGGGGGUGGGGGGAUGGCCGUGCCUAUGGCCGUGCUGUGGCGCUGAGGGGCUGCCGAGGCCUCGAAGCCCUGAGCCCGGAGCUCCAUCUCCGAGCCCUUGGGUAGGGCUGAAGGUUACCGCCGCCCUCUGUGGGAUGGACCCCCCCGGGGUGGUGGUGGUGGUGGUGGUGGUGGGGCUGCCCGUGGUCGGGAUGGCUGAACUGCUGCGUGGGGCGGCUGUCCCAUUGCUGCCCUCACUCACGUGCCCGGCCUGCGGUCACCGCAGCGAUGCAGCCCCGCUUCCCACGGGGCACAGCUCUGCUCCUCGCACUGCAGCUCUGCUGCUGCUCUCAGUUGGGGCCGUCUCCGCUCCCUCUGCUUUUCUCCAUCCCGGCUCUCCGCGCUGUUACUGCCGGUAGAAGUGCUUUAUGGACACUGUAGAGGAGGUCCCAACCCGGGAGGAUUUACAGCCCGGCGGGGGCUGCGCACAGCUGGAAGGUCUGGGAGGUCGUCCCGCGGUUGCCGAAAGGUCUCUGCCAUGGCUUUAGUUGUUACUUUGCUGAAGGAAACGUUGUUUCUGGUGGUCCUGAUGGAGAACUGCGCCGUGGGGCAGCCGAGGCGGUUUCUCGGGUUGUUGGGCCGGGCUGGGAACUGCGAGGGCUUUCUGGAGCUGCUGCCUUCCAGAGCAAUAAAGCGAGAGAAGCGGAGCGGUUUGUGAGAGAGGAGCCGUUCUCGUUUAAUAUCCAUUGUGGCCUCUGUUCUGCCUCGGCCUGGGGAGGCAGCAGCGAGGAGGAGCCCAAACGGGGCCGGGAUGGGGGGAUUUCCGCAGCGCCCCCUCUCUGUGUCAGCCCUCCAGGGGGGCUUUGGUGGGCCGAGGGCUGAGCCCGCUGUGGAUGGGAGCCGCCCUUCGUUGCCCGCCGCUCUGCUGCCCUCCGUUCUGCCUUCGGUUUCGUGGCAUCCUCGUCUCCUCGCUCUCCUCGCUGCGUUCUGGGCCUGGGAAUGGGGGUCUGCGGCCCCGCGGGGUGGGUGCCCGAAUUUCCCUUCCCGUGUAUGAGGCAGAGCCGCAAUGCUCAGCGCUGUGCCUUUGUCCUGAUUCAAACCGACACUCGAGGGCUCCUUCCCGGUCCGGGGAUGCUGCGUGUGCCGAAAGAGAGGACUCGUGUGACAAUCAGACGCCUCCCUGUUAUCUGCCUCAGUCAAAGCCGUAAACUCUUAACUCCGCUCUCCGCCAGCCCUAAGCUCAAGUGGAAGGGGCCGGUCGCGAUCUGUAAUUAAAACCCUUCGGAUGAGCUCUGUUCAGGCAGAGGCGGCGAUUCGCUGUCCGGGCUGCUCUCCCAUCGGCCCUCCGCUCGGGAGCGGUGCGGUGUCACGGCUCCGUUCCGCACGUGGGACGGAUGGGGACGUGGGGCAGAAGGAAAGGGGGUCAGCGGGCGCCGUGCUGCUGCCGGAGCGCUGGGGCUGUUUGGCUGCAGCUCCUCCAGCCCUGGAGCCGGAUCGUUUUCCUUCCCCCCCCCCCACCCCCCACCCCGUGUGUCGUUUCAGUUUCCCUGCGUGGCUCCCGGGGCAGAACCUGUCUGCUUGUGGCUCUCACGGCACGGCUGCGGCUCUGUGCUGCCUGGGGGGCUCGGGAGGCCUUCGGUGGGCUGUGGGGAGGCAGUUGGGGGGGGGUCGGCGCGGCUGGGCGGCCCCACUUCGUGAGAUGGGGUGUGAGAAACUGGAGCCGGGUGUGAGCCGCCCUGUGCUGCAGGUGGGAGCCGAGGGCGCGUUGCUGAGAUGCGCUGCGGAUCCCCCGGCACGGCGGCUUCACUUUGUGGCCCCCAUUUAAAGAUACAUAUGGUGCUGCUGGGCACAGCCCCCCCCCGCAAUGGGCUCACUCCCUGCAGUGCCUAUUGCAGAACUCCUCCCUGCUGUGGGGUUCGGGGCGCAGCGCCCUAUGGGGCUCCUGGCGCUGAUGUUCCCCCGCUGCGCUGCAGAGCCCCUCUGCCACCACCCGAAGCCCUCCCCACCCCACAGGCGCAGCCGCAGCGCUGCACCCAAUGCCCACACAUCCCACUGCCGCACUCAAUCUGUGCACCGAGGACCGCUCUUAUCCCACCCCCAUGAGAUUUCCCAUUGGCAAACUGCAAACCGGCGAGUCCAUCUCCGGGCUGCUGUGCGCCCUGCUUGGUUUGUUUGCUCAGUGCCUCCCCAGCACAGAGCUGGGCCGGCGCCAGGCGUGGGCUUGUAGCUACAGGUCGUGGUUCCAGCAGCCUCGUGCCCCAACAGGCAGCUGUGUGCGCGGCACCGCCGCGGCCUUCCUCCCCCCGAACCCACGCUGCCCUCUCGUGUGCCCGGGGAAGGAGUGGAGCGUCAUGGAGCGCACUGAACAGGUUGCCCAAGGAGGCUGUGGAUGCCCCAUCCCUGCAGGCAUUCAAGGCCAGGCUGGAUGUGGCUCUGGGCAGCCUGGGCUGCUGGUUGGCGACCAUCACAUAGCAGGGGGUGGAACUGGAUGAGCACUGUGGGCCUUCGCAACCCAGGCCGUGCUGUGGUUCUGUGGUGGGGGGUUGGGGGCUGUGAGCGUUGCAGCACUGCAGAGGUGCACUGUUCCACCCCUUUGCGUGCUCUGUCCCUCAGCAGCUGCGCGGGGCUCAAUGCUGGGGGAUGUUUCAGUUCUUUUUUUCGGGGCUGAGCGUCACCUCUCCGAAAUACUGCCCGUGUGUUCCCCAGCACCCCCAGCCCGACGGGGCUCCCCAGCUCACAGGCAGACCCUGCCCCGCGCUUCCAGGAGCUCCGGGCAGCACUGCACCGAACUCCACUUUCGUGUGUUGUUUUAUCCCCCCCCCUCCGAGCACCCGUUGCUGUCAGGAGGAGCAGCGUGGCUGAGCGCCCGGCUGCAGGAUCUCUCGAAACCCCCCCCUGUGGUUUCGCAGGGAGCUGACGUGUUCUGGAUGGCAGCAGCAGAGCUCCGGGGGAGAAAAACCCAUCGUGUGGGCACGGCUCAGUGAGAGAGCUGGGCUCGGCAGCGCAGCAAGCAGCCUGCAUCCACGCGGGCUGCACGGCCCUCCUGACCCUAUGAGCUGUGCUGCAGUGCUCCCAGGCGGUGCGGGGCGGUGUGUGGGGGCUGCUGGGGCAGCAGGGAGGGCUGGGAGCCGUCUGUGUGCCCGCGGGGACACAGCCUUCGUGGCUGGGCUGGGGGCGGUGGUCGGCUUGGUGUGCUUACGUGGGGUUCCAGACCUGCUCUGAUGGAUGCUGUGUCCCGUAUCAGCGCAGCCUUACAGCACUGCGGGCCACGGAGGCUUCCAGCGUGGAGUCCCAGAAGCGCGGUGUGCUUUGGGUUGGAAGGGGCUCGGAGCCCACGCAGCCCCCAUGCUGGGCGCUGUGACCACCCCUCCGACCCAUUCCUACACAGCCUACAGUGGAGGCGCAUUCCUACUGGAUUAAAUACGGUCUCUGAUGACAAAGGAGAAAAUUGGCAAGGAGGUCUGGGUGGAGCAACCAGUUGAAGCUAACCUUGCAACAUAGGAGAAGCGUUAACAUGGCCUCGUUGUGGCUGUCAGUGGUGCAAAUGGCCGCGUGCUGCCUCGCUGUGGGGCUGCUCCUCGCCGUGGGGCCGGGCUGGAGCUCCAUGGGCCCGGCGGGACCCACUGAUGGGCAGUAGGACCCAUUGCUUCCACGGUGGGCUGGGAUGGGGCACCCACUGCUCCCCGUGCAGCGCCAACGCCUUCACUGCCCCCCGAGCAAAGGGUUCCCCAUUGACCACAGCCCCAAAUCCGCUCUUGUUGGGGAUCCUAAGGGGUGCUGAGCCGUUCCCCCACGGAAGCGCUGGGCUGUGCCGUGGUGGCUCUGUGCUGCUCUGACGUUCCCCAUUCUGGUUCUGCUGCUGCCGUGUCGGCGUUGCGCAGUGCUGCGCUGUGGGUUGGGGUGGAGGUGCUGAGUGGGGCAGCGCGGCCCCAUCCUCGCGGGCACUCAUCCUUCCCAUGCUCAUAGGACAGAAGAACCCUCCUCGGUCCCAUCCCUCCUCCUCGGUCCCAUCCCUCCUCUGAGCAUCACACUGCAGGCGCUUCCAUCCCAGCGCCGUGCAGGAGAGCAGGAAGCCCUUUUUCUCCCUGCUGCGCUUUGUGGCAGCAUCCCUUACGGCCUCCCGGAGGGCUCCCAUCGUGGGCAGCGGCCGUGGCAGAGCGGAGCACAGCACUGCUCGUUGUGGCACCGCUGCUUUGCAGCCCGUCGCCGUGCACCGCUCCGUGUGAGCCGCCGUGGGGUUCUGCUGCUCUCCUCCCCGCGGUGGGAGUGCCGAGUGCUCGAGCCAUUAUGAACGGCUCUGUUGGGUUUGCCUGAGGUGCAGGGCUUGCUGAAUCACACCCCAAACCUGUCUGUCCGGGAGCAGCGAGCAGUGCGUGUGUCACCUGCACGGCUCCGUGCCGGUGGUCGCACACCCACAGCGCACAGCACCCAAAGCGCAGCGCUGACACCGCUGCAUCCCCAGGGGGAGAUGCGGCCCCUCCACCCCACUGAGACGCUCUGCUGAGGGUAGCGGCCCUCCGAGCACAGCGUGCAGCCGCUCUCGGCUGGGAAAUGGCUGCCAGGGAGGGCUGCCCCUGCGCUCAGCCCAUGGGGUGCAGCUCCCAGCACUGCACGGGGAGCCCUUCCGAUGGGAAUGGCGGCCCAACUUCUCUGCUGUUCGGGGCUGUGGAGGUUCUCCCGAUGCUCACCGAGGCUCUGAGUUCCAUCCCUUGCAAUCAAUCCUUCCACGCGGCUGUGGCUGGGGAUGCGGUGGCCGCUGCGCGCUGAGGGAUCCGUGGGGCUCAGGGGGAGUUCCCUGUGCAGGUGUGGAGCAGAGCAGUGCUGGGCUUCCCCUGCGGGCAGCAGGGAGAGGCAAACCUCCCCGGCAGGUCGGACCUGGCAGCAGGGAGGGCAGUCCCGGCUGAUUUGCCUGCCUGGUGCGGUGUGAGUUUGAGCCGCGUGGAAAUGGAGGCGGUUGUCGCUGUAGCUGCGUGGUGGGACGCAGCAGCUGCUUGGCUGUGACACGGGGCCGUGGGGCGCUGAAGCGGGGGGAGGGGGGGGGGGGGUGCCCCCAAAGCUCUGCUCUGGGUGGGCUGCCGGGAUGGGUGCCGUGAAAGCACGGCCGGUCGGCUCUGUGCUGCGCCAGCUCGGUUUGGAGCCCGGGAUCCUCUGGGAGCCGAUGGAACCCAGCUGAUGCGAUGGGCUCCUGAGCUGACCCAGUGCGGUGCUGGGGAAUGAGGGCAGCCGCCUUUGGGGGGGCCGGGGGGAGCCCAGCAGCGGCACACAGAGGCAGAUUGUCCGUGCAGAGCCCCGCGUGGGACCCUGCUGUGAUCUGUGCGCAUCCAUGGCCGUGUGAUCGCCGUCUGUCACGCGGCCCCUCCGGCGCUGUGCCCCACACGUUAUGUCCGGGUGGGACAGAAGGGAUUUCUCAUUACCGAAGUAGGGCUGUUGGGGGCUGUAAGGAGGCAGAAAAGCACCGGCGCCCUUUUUGCACGAUAAGCACACGUUUGUUCGUGUCGCAGCGCGGGGUCUUCGCCUGCAGAGCUCGCAUCUGCUUGGCAGGUCCACAUAAUUUGGAUAGUUUGGCUCCAAAGCGCCGGCAGCGCAUUCCUGCUCGGGAGCAGCAGAAUUGUAAUGGCACCGUGGAGGAGCUGCGGCACCGUUUGUGCCCCCCCGGCGGACACAGCCCCGCUCUGCUGCCCCCGUCCCCCCCCCCAGCUCUGCGCUGGGGGCUGCUGGGUGCUCUGCCUGCAGGUCCGGCCUCGUGGCUGGGAGGAGGAGAGGGCAGCCGGGGUGAUGGCUCCGGGGUGUGCGUGGAGAGACAAGGGCUCGCAUUGUGUGACCUCGAAUAGGGGCGAGCUGUUCUAAGGGGGGGAAAAACGGCCCGUUCCUCCAGUUGGUGGCGAGGGAGAGGGCGACGUCUGGGCCCUGGGCAGCGAACCACUGCCUCUUCUUAUUUUGUUCUUUAAUAGCAACAUUAUUGUAGUGACCGUCCCCCGGCGCGCAGCAGCGCUCGGAGGGUGCUGUGGUUCGCGGCCCGGCGCUUCGCCCCACGUGGCUGCAGGCGGCUGCAGAGCUGUGCUUCUGCCUCCCUGUUGGGCUCCGGGUGCAGCAGCGCGGCCCCAUCCUUGGGUCGCAUCCCUGCUUGUGGAGCUGGGAGGAGAGCUUUGGCGCUGCUGCGCCGCACCUCUUCCCAGGCGGCCGUAUUUCAAGCCGGCAGCCCCCCUCGGGUCGCAUGGGAGGGCGCAGCGCCGGCAGCCAAAGCGCAGCCGUUUGGGGUGAAGUGUGGCAGCAGAGAGGCGCAGUGUGGGACAGCAGUGCUCGGCGUGGGGCGGAGGGGAGGAGAGAACGGCCUGGAGACGGAGGGCAGGGGCUGCAGCUCCCCGCCGUGCGCCCGCUGUGCCAACGGGGAGGUCGUUGGUCGCCACCCCAUCACCACUCCGUGUGUCGGCCCUGAGCACCGCCUGGCUGCGCCUCGAGCCCUGCGCUGCCUUCAGCCGCCGUGGUUUUUGGUUCUGCUUUUCAAGCCUGGAAAGAUGGAGCGUCCCACAUGGUGUCACACGUCCUCCGCUCGGGGUCAGAGGGGAGCAGGGUGGGCUUUAUGGCGCUGCCGGGGGGGGUGGGCUCCACACGGGGUGGCUGCAUUGCCCCCUCCCCACCUCAGCCUCCGUCGAUCCGACCGCAGGCGGACACACAAAGGCUGUGUUGUGUGAGCAGAAUGAGCAGCGACUUCCCCUGCCAGCCCUGGGCGGUCGCGUGACCCCACAGCCGUUCCCGCACCGCCCGCCCGCUCCUCCCAGCCCCCCUGCCCCGCACGGGGGUCUCCUCCCCAGCACAGCCCCCCGCCCCGCUCACACAGCCCGUCGUGUGCCCGCAGCCGGGCGCUGCCACCGCAAAGCCCAGGUUCUGCUUGGAGGUGGAGGGGACCCCUCUGAAGACUGCGGGAUGGAGGGGAAGGGGCCGGAAGUGCCAGGGGCUGCUCCCGUUGCAGCUCAGAGCCCCAUGGAUGGGGUUCAGGGUUCCACCUGCACCCCCCGUGGCUGUGGGGUCGGGGGACCUCUCCCCAAACUGCCCUCAGCCCCUGGGCGGCCGUUCCCCCCCCCAAACCAACACCUCUCCUUCUGAAUGACCCACCGAUGGCAGGCCGUGAGUUUGAAUCCCACUCCAGAAGCUCCUUUCUGCUUUGGAUCAAUAAAGUUCUUUAGAGACCGCAUCCGUGGGGAGCCGGCAAAGCCGGGCCGUGCGCGUGGCUGUGUGUGCCGGGGGGUGGGCGGGGGGAGGCGCCGUGCCCAUUGUACGGACCCAGGGGGGUCGUACAGUCGUGCAGUCGGCAGGGUUGGCUCUUGCGUUGGUCUGACCAUGGGGUGAUGGAGAGCACCCCUUGGGGAUCCCUGGCUGUGCUCCGGGCUGUUCGGCCAUCGGAAGGGCUGGCUGUCGUGCGAUGGACGCGCGUCGAUGGGGGAGCACUGGCGGCGGUUGGGCUGCGUGGCCGCGGAGGUCUUCCCCAUCGUCGGCGACUACGAGCGAAGUGCGUCGGCGUCCUUCGCCGUGCCGGAGCGCUGCGCUGUGAGUCACCGCGUUUCUUCUCUCCGCAGCCCUUCGCAGCCACGAUGGCGGGCGGCGUGGACGGCCCCAUAGGGAUCCCAUUCCCCGAUCACAGCAGCGACAUCCUCAGCAGCCUGAACGAGCAGAGAAACAACGGGCUGCUGUGCGACGUGGUCAUCUUGGUGGAAGGCCAGGAGUUCCCCACCCACCGCUCCGUCCUGGCGGCCUGCAGCCAGUACUUCAAGAAGCUCUUCACCUCAGGGUUAGUGGUGGACCAGCAGAACGUGUAUGAGAUUGACUUUGUGAGCGCCGACGCCCUGUCGGCCCUGCUGGAGUUCGCCUACACCGCGACCCUCACAGUCAGCACUUCCAACGUCAACGACAUCCUCAACGCCGCCAAACUGCUGGAGAUCCCGGCGGUGAGGGAUGUUUGCACGGAUCUCCUGGACAGGAAGAUUCUGGCCAAAAAUGACCAGAUGGAUUUAGUAGAUCAAAUUGAUCAAAGGAACCAUCUCAGAGCAAAAGAGUACCUGGAGUUCUUCCAGAGCAACCCCGUCAACGGCCACCAAGGCAGCUUUCCGUGGACCAACCCGGAGUUGAGAGACCUUCAGAGGCUCAACUUCCGCGGCCAGGAGGACGAGGAGGAGCCGGACUGCAACGGCCUGGACUUCUACUCGCAAGCCCCCCUCAACGAAAGACCAAAGGCCAAUGACUGUGAUCCCGACAGCAACCCGGCCAUGUGGCUGGACAGAGAGGAGGAGGAGGCGGCGGCCGCCCCCGGCUCCUUGUUCUCGCCUUCUCAGAACGGACAUUACAGCGGCCGAGGCCUGGGCACGCCAGGAGAAGAGGAGGGGGCUCCCGGGGCCGCCCUGGACCAGCAGGACGCCGGCGACUCCCCCAGCUUCGUCCCCACCGGGGCGGAGGCGGAGGACGACGCCAGGGACGUGGACGGGUUGGCCGCCAGCGUGCUGCAGCAGGUGAUGGGCUCGGUGGGGAGGCAGCAGCUCGGGGACGACGAGCGGAAGGACGACGACGGAGUCGUGGAUUAUUACUUGAAAUACUUUGGCAGUUCGAACGAGAGCGACGUGUACCCGUCCUGGUCCCAAAAGGUGGAGAAGAAGAUCAGGGCGAAAGCAUUCCAAAAGUGCCCCAUCUGCGCUAAGGUGAUCCAGGGGGCCGGCAAGCUGCCGCGCCACAUCCGCACCCACACCGGGGAGAAGCCCUACGAGUGCAACAUCUGCAACGUGCGCUUCACCAGGCAGGACAAGCUGAAGGUCCACAUGCGGAAACACACGGGGGAGAAGCCCUACUUGUGCCAGCAGUGCGGCGCCGCGUUCGCUCACAACUACGACUUGAAGAACCACAUGCGCGUGCACACCGGGCUGCGGCCCUACCAGUGCGACAGCUGCUUCAAGACUUUCGUCCGCUCUGACCACUUGCACAGGCACCUUAAAAAGGAUGGCUGCAACGGCAUCCCGUCCCGGAGGGGCCGACGGCCGCGGGUGAGAGAUGCCGGGGGGCUGCCCACCCCCACGGGGAACCCCGAGGAUGGAGGAUUUCAAGGCGGUGGGGAGAGUCAGGAAUCGGAGGACACCGUGCAGGGGAACGGCCGGGAGCAGCACUUUGAGGAGAGUUCUACUGCCGAAGCGGCGGGAUUGAAUGUAGCAGGAGGGGCGGCCGAGGGCAGCGCGCCGGGCCCCUCCUAAACCAAAAACCCCCAACCCCACCCGACCGGCAGACAACACAAAGAGAGGUGUCACAGCAUCUAGUUAGUACUUCUGUCCUCCCAUUUUCUCUUUCAAGGUGUUUCUCUCCCCCCCCACCCCCACCCCCCACCCCCGAACCCCUCCUUUCCUCCCACCCCCCCCCCCCCAACCUCUGUAUUUUGGUUUCGUUUCGUUUUUUUUUUUUUUUAAGGAAAAAAAAAAGAAGCAAAAAUAGGUCUGGCGACGUAUUCCCGACCUCCCCAUGGCAGGCAGGGCUCCCCCGGCGCUGCAGGGACGGGCGGGGGUGGAAGGAGAGCGCAUGGAAAGGAGCUUCCAUGUAAAACCCAAAGCUUUAUUUUGUGUCCGAACACACGUUAAAAAAGAAAACAAAAAGAGAGAGAGAG